AUGUUUUUUGCUAAUGAAUUAUCAAAAGCUAUUGAAAUAUUAUCAAAUGAUGAAUUUAGAGAAUUAUUCAAUAGUUUAGAAAAUGGAAUUAAUAAAUCUUAUGAAUAUUUUAAAAAAGAUUGGAAUAAAACACCUACAGAUUUAGAAUUAAUAUUUGCAAAGAAUUUAGAAAAUGAUAUUAAUUGUGGAAUUGGCAAUACUUUUGGUUUACAAGAAAUGUUAUUUU